AUGGGAGAAGAAUUAAUUUUGAAAAUUGUAGAUGUUAUCCCUCCAUCAUCAAUGUAAGAUACCGACAACAUUAUCAAAGCAACUGGUGAAUGGUAUACUAAAGAUAAAGAAGCAAAAAUCAUUAUAGAUUUUGGAAAUGCUUUAAUAUCUCUAAUAUCUAUAUGUAAUUUAAUUUAAUUUAAUUAGAAUAGAGAACUAUUAUGCAGAUUAAGUUAAUAUAACACUGAAAGGUGAUAACUCUGAUGAUAUUUAUUAUGAUAAAGUAAUUUGGAAAUAAAAUUUGGAUUGGAAUAAAUCAUUAAGUAUUGAUAUAGAACCACUCUCGCAAGAUAUAUUCAAUUAAAUGAUUGUUGAAGUUAUAAAUUACACUUAGAAGGAUUAUAAGGGAUUAAAAAGAAUUAGAGUUUAUGGGAUUUAAGAUAAAUAAUUAUAUAAUGAAAGGAAAAAACUUGCCAAAUAAUUUAAAAAGGAAUCUAAAGAUAAAUAGAAAGUUUAGAAAGCAUUGUAAAAUCAGGAAAAGAGUGAACAAAAGGAUCAAAAAUAAAAAACUAAAUUAGAUGAAUCCUCAACAAAAAAAAAUUAAUCAUGGGGAUUAUAUAAUAAAUCUUAAAAUCAAACUAAUAAAGGACUUAUUUUUAAAGAUACUAGAGAAAAAUUGAGAAAUAUUCAUAAAAGUCCAUCUCCUAUCAAAGAAGAAAUAGAAUAAUUUAAUUAAACUGCCAUUUAGACACCUAAAUAACUUGAAGGAUUUGAAAAACUUGGGAGUAACAUAAAUGAAUGGAAAAUGGUCAGAUACAAUAUGAAUUAAAUUGAUAAGCAAUUUUUAGAGUUGCAUUAAGAAUGUAAUUUUGCCAUUUAAAUUUUAAUAGUAUAAAAAAGCUCAGGAAUUGUUUAAGAUAGACAACUUAAUGAUUUUAAUUUUGAAGUCCACUGGCUUUAAUGA